AUGGCUCCAAAUUCCACUGGCCGGAAUAUACACGAUCUGCCGCGUCUGUCAGCUGUGAGCGUCGAUAAGGACAGCUAUGACGGUAUCAAGACGCCUGAUGGCCCCGCUGAAUUGCUUGAGGGUGGGGCAUUGCGUCCAGGUGGUAUGCCUAAGCUGACCAGCCGAGAUCAUAUAGGUCUGCUUUUCCAGUAUGCUGCUGUUGGUAUUGUCUACGGCAUGCUCCCGGAAACGAUUUACCCGUUCAUGCAGCAGUAUCUCAAUUGUAGCGGUGCUCAGGUUGCCGCUGCCAAGGAGCUUGUCAUUCUUCCGUGGAGUUUCAAGGUCUUCUACGGUGUCAUAUCCGAUUGUUUCCCUAUCUUUGGCUACCGUCGUCGUCCGUACAUGGUUCUCGGUUGGACUAUCUGCAUUGCAAUGCUGCUGCUCAUGGCUGUUUUGCCAAUAGGACAGCCAUACUACACCGUACCUGCAGACCGCAACGUCAAUACGGCUGACUAUACACCGGAAAUUGAGGCACGCAUCAAUUACAGCGCGACUGGCGAAGGCGCUAAAUAUGUUGUUCUCAUGUUCUUUGCUGCCUUUGGGUACGUUUUGUCUGACGUUUGCUCAGACAGCAUCGUGUGCGAGCUUGCCCAGCAGGAGCCCAUGGCAAAGCGUGGAAAAACUCAGUCAACGAUCUACACAGUUCGCACAACUCUAGUGAUUCUUGGUGAGCUUUUGGUGGGUUUAUGCUUUAACGGCGAGGACUACGGCGGUGACUUCAACUUCUCGCUGAACUUCUCAGAACUAAUGAUUAUUAUGGUUGUACUUACGACCCCUGUGGUCCCCAUUACCUGGUACUUCAUCAGGGAAGACAAGGCUGAACGUGCAAAUUUUCGCAAGUAUAUCGACGAGUUCUGGAACCUAUUGUGUAAGCGUGUAGUGUACCAGGUCAUUGCUCACCAUUUUUUCGCCGGUAUCUUCUCUGGUAUUUCAUUCACGGCGACCUCCCCCGUGCAGUCAUAUCUCGUAGGCGUGACUCCAAUCAACAAUAUGCUAAACGACGUUAUUGGUCACUUGUGUUUUAUGAGUGGUAUUAUGGUCACAUCUAAGUAUGGCCUUCAAUGGAACUGGCGACUCAUGAUUGUCGUCACGGGUGUUGUUGUGAUUGCCGUUGACUGUUCAGUUGCUCUCAUCACAAUUUGGGAUGUUUUCCGUAACCAGUGGUUCUGGCUUGGUCCUCCUAUCGCAGUCCAGAUCCCGAGCGGUGUCGCCUGGAUCAUUGCACUGUUCGUGACGGUCGAAAUUGCCGGCGUUGGUAAUGAAGGCGCCUUUUAUGGUCUAAUGACGACGGUCGGCAAUUUAGCGUCGCCGUUUGCCACGACAAUGACCCUGCUCAUUAAUGGCCCGUUCAACAUCACGAACGCACGUGUGCAGUCGGAUGACCGCUCCGUCCGAACGGACAUUACGUACACUAUCCUGAUUUCGUAUGCGAUGAAGAUUUUUUCCUGGUCGUUCCUAAUCUUGCUGCCUCGUCAGAAGGAGGAGACGCAGGAACUUGCUCGUACUGGUGGCUCUAGCAAGCUCUUUGGUGGCAUUACCAUCGGCUACCUAUCCUUCGCACUGGUGUGGUCCCUCAUGGCCAACACUCUGGCCAUCUUCGAUAGUACCUCGUGUCUGCUUAUUGCAGGCGGUAUGGGUUGCUAG